GUCGACUUUAUCAAUGAAAAGAUGGUUAAACUUUGCAUACAACUUUUUGCAAUUGCUUCGUUAUUCAGCUUGGCAUCGAGUUUGGAAACAUAUGCAGUUGUGCUGUCUCGUGUAUUCUUUCAGGUUCAUCCAGCAGGUGGCCAACCAUUCAACUUAACCUCAAACAUAACAUAUGCUCGACAAUUUUGUCCAACUGAUGUUUCCAUCUCGUGGGUUGUUCAUGGAUGGAGUGAAGGAUUCUACAAAACAAAAUGGGUCCCAUUGGUAGUAAACAGCACCUUACAAUAUGCUGGUGGAUGUGUCGUUUUCAUGGAUUAUUCAUACUUUUCAAAAUUGGGAUAUGGUGAUCUUGUCGCAAGAUAUUACUUACUACGUGAUGUCUUAAGCAACACAAUGAAGCUUUUUGGAAACUAUGAAAAGAUGCAUGUCUUUGGAUUCAGUUUUGGUGCUCGACUUGCUAUCGGUGCUGGCAAUAAUAUUACCAACUUAUAUAAUAAAGUCCCACAAAUACCUCGAAUGGAUCUUUGUGAACCUGCUGGUCCUAAUUUUGCAUCCACAGAUAAAACUUUCGCUCCAGCUAAUAGAAGUGCCAGUUUGGUUCAAAUCAUCAAUACCAAUAGUUUUGGUUAUGGUACUGGAAUUUAUGAUGGACAUAUUAACUUCAAAAUGGGUCAUUGUGGAUUGUGGCAAGAUGGUCAGGGAUCACCUCCAAUGGGUUCGCAUGGAAUGUGUCCAUACAUGUAUGCUUACGCAUUCAAAACUGACUACAAAUACAAUGCAAUCUACUCAAAAGAGUGCAACUAUUCCUACACUAAGAAUCGUCCAAUUAAUGCUACAUGCCAGCAAACCAUGAUUAUGGGUCGACGAAAUAAUGUAUUCUGCUAUGGAGAUGUUCUGAUUCCAACAGCUAAGUGCGCUCCAGUGAAGAUGAUUAAGUCAUUCUUAAAAAUUGUUCUACUUGCCACGUUGGUGAAUUUGGCUUUGAGUCAAGCUUCAAGUCAGGAUCCAUAUGCCAUUUUCAAUGUACCUGGGCGUAUAUUCUUUCAGGUUUAUCCAGCAAAUGGAACUGCAUUUAAUCUAACCACAUCGACUAUGACUAACAUACUUCAAGCAUGUCCAGAUAAUGAAACUCUAUCAUUCAUUAUUCAUGGAUGGUCAGAAGGAUUAUUUAAGACAAAAUGGAUUCCAUUGGUUUUAAACAGCACAUUAAAUUAUUCUGGUGGAUGUGUCGUUGCUAUGGACUAUACGUACUUUGCAGCGAUGGGAUAUGGAGACCUUGUUUAUCGAUAUUUCUUACUCCGUGACUCUUUAGUCACUGUCAUGAACCUUUUUGGAAAUUAUAGUAGAAUGCAUGCCUUUGGAUUCAGUUUUGGUGCUCGACUUGCUAUCGGUGCUGGAAAUGUCAUUGCAGGUUAUAAUAAUGGAGUUCCACAAAUUCCAAGAAUGGACCUUUGUGAUCCAGCUGGUCCAUUUUUCAUGACUUAUGAGUUUCCAUUCGCACCAGCACAAAAAGCUGCAACGCUUGUCCAAGUCAUCAACACGAACAGCUUUGGGUAUGGAACUGGAAUCUAUGAUGGACACAUUAACUUCAAAAUGGGUCACUGUGGCUUAUGGCAAGAUGGUCAAGGUGCUCCACCAAUGGGAUCCCAUGGCAUGUGUCCUUACAUGUAUAAUCAUGCAUUCACUUAUGAUUAUAAGUAUGAUGGUCGUUAUAAGAAUGAAUGUAACUAUGCAUAUACAGCAAAUCGUCCUAUUAAUACCACGUGUCAACAAACAAUCAUCAUGGGACGUCGCAACAAUGUGUUAUGUUAUGGAGAUGUGCUGAUACCAACAGCAAUUUGUGCACCUUACAUCUACAAUAACACCAUCUAUAACUAUGCACCAGGAAAAGUCACUUGUACUUAA